UAGAGCGGCAGGCGUGCGUGUGUGUGUGAAGGACUGUGUGAGCGAGGGGGAGAGAUAGAACCAGAACGAGAGAGUGUGUGUGUGUGUGUGGCGGGACAUAGGCUGGAUGCAGGGAGGGAGAGACGUGGCGACAGGCAGACAAAGAAUCCGCGGCGUCCCGAGGGAAUGGGGCACCACACAGGCUCUCCUGGAGCGCAGAGGAGACCUCAACAGACAGAGCAUGGCACACACAGUUUGCAGAGAGUUUGCCCGAGGGGUAGCCGUGGGUCAAAGGUGAGACGGCGGAACAGCAGCAUGGACGGCGAGCACGGUGCCGCCACCUCCAGCUCGGGCACCACGACAACCAACAACAACACCACCAACAGCAACAAUAACAACAACAGCAGCAGUGCGGCCAGUUCAUCUAGUUCCUCCAACGCAAGUACCACGACAACCACUACAGCCAACAGCAGUGCCAAUGGAGGUGCCAACAGCAGCACCACCAGCAGCAGUGCCAAUGGACCAGGCCGACAGACUCUCCCACAGAUUUCUGUUUACAGUGGUAUUACCGACAGGCAGACAGUCCAGGUGAUCCAGCAGGCGCUGCACAGGCAGCCCAGCACGGCGGCGCAGUACCUGCAGCAGAUGUACGCGGCGCAGCAGCAACACCUCAUGCUGCAGACGGCCGCCCUGCAGCAGCAGCACCUCAGCACCGCGCAGCUGCAGAGCCUGGCAGCCGUGCAGCAGGUGAGGACCCACCGCCUCCUCCGCCGCCACAACCACAACCACAACCGCAGCCACAGCCACAGCCACGCCAAAGCACCACAACACCAGAUAACGCAGCAGCGAAACACCGACACAUCAGAGCAGCAAAACACAGCUGCACAGCAGGCCAGUAUUGCUGCAGGGAGGCAGAGUACUUCAUCCCCACAGACAGGAUCCUCUCAGACCACAAUUAAUCUGACCACCUCUCCUGCGGCUGCCCAGCUCAUCAGUCGAGCUCAGAGUGUGAGCUCGACUCCGGCGGGGAUAUCCCAGCAGGCUGUGCUGCUAGGCAACCCCACAAGUCCCACCCUCACAGCCAGCCAGGCGCAGAUGUACCUGCGGGCCCAGAUGGCUCAGCAAAGUAACCUUGUGCAAGUAGCUAGGAGCCUAGGCCGUGCUGUUCCUUUGUCCCCCCAGCUCAUCUUCACCCCCACGGCCACCGUGACCGCCCUCCAGACCGACGGGGCAGCGCAGCCCGCCUCCGCACAGGUGCAGAACCUGACCAUUCGUAGCCAACAGGGGGCAGUGUCCUCCUCCUCCACUUCUUCCACCUCCACCUCCUCCUCCUCCACCCUGACCCAAACCCAGGCGCUGCAGGCCCUGAGCCUGAAGCAGACCCCCAUCUCAAUCCAGCCCGCUGCCCUUCUCAAGACCCCAACGCCGGGUGUCAAACCCACCCCCGCCACCGAAGCCAACCACCAAUCGGAGGCUGUAAAGAAGAGCGAGGGUGCCAUGGUGACGGAGGCGCGGGCCGUGAACAUGAGCCGGAGUGUGGGGACUGUUGGAGGACACCCGCUCAUCGCACCUGCACUUGUUCGGUUGCUGGAGGAUUGCAGAAUUUGGUUAUCCUAUGCCCACAUCCAGCCUCACUCACUGGUCAAGCAGCAGCCGCAGCAGUUUGUCAUCCAGCAGCAGGCUGCCCCUGCGCCCCAGAGGACCGGUGCCCCCUCCGCCACCACCACCACCACCCAGCUCCUGCAGACUGCCUCCAUCCAGCCCCACCUCCACGGCCAGCCGCUCACCGUCCACACCUCCCACGGGCCAUCGCCCGCGGGUCAACCAGGCCCGGUGCCCGUGCUGCCCAAACCGGCCUCCUCCUCGCAGCAACAGAACCCGAGUCACAACCAGCCCCACCACCAGAGCAACCCGGCGAUGCCCACGCAGCAUGCCACCAUCUUCCACUCCACCGUCAGCCCCCACGCCCUGAGCCACCACCAGGGCCAUGCCCAUGCCCACGCACACCCCCAUACCCACGCCCACGUCCAUGCCCACGCUGCCCUCAGCCAUGCCAAAGCACAGCCCGUCCAGCUCACCGCCAUCAACCUGCAGAUCCACCCCACACCCAACCAGGCGUCACGGCUGGCUCCGGAGUGUAAGGACAAGCCCACGUCCCUGGUGGUGAGAGAGAGCUGCCCGCCCCACAGCUCCCAGCAGCCGGCCAACGCCUCCCCUCAGGGGGCCAAGCCUGCCGAGCAGCCCAAGACCGACACCCCCACCACCGCACACCAGACACGAGCAGGAACCCCAGAACGGGUUAGCACCUCACCAGCAACGCCCCCACCAACGAUGACUUCAGGAAAUGAUUGCGAAGCCCCUGCCGUAGUUGGCAGCACGGCGCAGAACGGGGAGAACAAGCCCCCUCAAGCCAUUGUUAAACCCCAGGUCCUCACGCACGUUAUCGAGGGCUUCGUCAUCCAGGAGGGAGCGGAGCCGUUUCCAAUGGAGAGGCCUCCCGUUCAGAAUGACAGCCCAAAGAAACCAGACCAGCAGCUUCCAUCUGACCCAGAGAAGUCCCCGGUCCAUAACCUGGCCAACAACACUGAUUCAGAACCAGAGGAUACAAACCAACAGGAUAUGAAGGAUCAGGAGGAGGAGCCAAAGUUGACCUGUGAGUUCUGUGGUUGGGUAGACUUCGCUUACAAGUUCAAAGGCACCAAGCGCUUCUGCUCCAUGGUGUGUGCUAAAAGGUAUAACGUGGGAUGCACCAAGCGGAUUGGUCUCUUCCACCCGGACCGAACCAAAACAGCGAGUCGCUGGAGACGUAGGGCCCACAGAGGACGCCCGAGCUCAGAUGCCAAGAAACAGAAACUGUCGACCCCUCAGCAGAUGCAUAGCGGCUCCAUCUCGUCUCCCAUGCCUUCCCAACCCAGCCAGGGUGAGUCGAGUCCCUGCUCCGACAUGUCCAGCUUCGAGGAACCCCCCUCGCCACUCUCCGUGGCCAGCUCAGGGCCCCCAGGGCCUCAGAACGAGCCGAGCCCCGACCAAGAGGACGUCCGCGGUCGGGAGCUGCCCCUGCUGCCCCAGCACUUCCUUCCCUGUGACCCCACCAGGUGGAACGUGGAGGAGGUGUAUGAGUUCAUCCGCUCACUGCCAGGCUGCCAGGAGAUAGCGGACGAGUUCCGCUCACAGGAGAUCGACGGGCAGGCCAUGCUGCUGCUAAAGGAGGACCACCUCAUGAGUGCCAUGAACAUUAAACUGGGGCCGGCCCUCAAGAUCUAUGCCCGCAUCAGCAUGCUCAAGGACUCAUAGCCCAAGAGUGUGUGUGUGUGCGUGUGUGUGUGUGUGUGUGUAUGUAUGUUUGUGAAAGCAUGACGGUAUGACUAAGAAAAGGCUCCAAGCCUUUGUAUGUAUGUGUAUGCAUGUGCAUGUAUGAGAGUAUGUUGUGUGUGUGUGUGUGCCAGUGUGGAUGUGGAUGUGUAUGUCUGUGUGUGUGUAUGUCUGUGUGUGUGUGUGUGUGUGUGUGUGUCUGCACGUAUGUGGGCUGGAGAUGCCUAACAGAAGUCCUGUGAGCGGGCGGGAGGCCAAGGCCCAGCAGCUCUGUGGAACACGACUGCACUAUGACUUUCUCUCUCCCCACCCUGCCCACGCCUCCGGCUGGCUCUGCUCCCGCGGGUGCAUUAGCCGUGACCCCCCGCUGCCAGGUCAUGGACACCCACUCAGAGAACCCGCUUCAGAAAAAAAAAUACCCUUAAAGAACCGCCGGUAUGGAACCACCCUUGAAGAACUCCAAGUAAAGAAUGACACAAGAAGUCCAUCAUAUGGGGAGAAUGUUGUGUGCCUUGUCCUGUGAACUAAACGGAUCUGGUCCUAGGCAGGGGCAUGGGAGGAGCGUACUGACCCAUAUGGGGAGCAGGGAGGUGGGGGGCUACUUUUAGCUCACGUCCUCUGCAACUAUGUAAUGUUAGGAUGUGUGUGAUUUGCAUAAGUCGAUUUUUUUAUUCACUCAGUGCUUUUCUAUUAUAAAUAAAUUAUUUGUCUGUG